UUCCAUCGACGUUCCUACUGUUUGCCACGAGAAACACCCUGCGUCGUAUCUCCAUGGAUACAGACGACCAUCUUGACGUCAUUUUGCCGAUCCAGGAAGACAUAGAGAACGCUGUGACGUUGGACUUUGACAGUGUUGAGUGCAAGAUUUACUACACUGAUGUAUACCUCAACGUCAUCAGGCGAGUAAAUUAUGAUGGCAGUGAAGGAGAGACCAUCAUCUCAACCAGCCUAGGAACCACGGAGGGAUUAGCCGUGGAUUGGAUCGGACGGAAUCUAUACUGGACGGACACCGGCAGGGAUAAGAUUGAAGUCUCACGACUGGACGGCUCCUCGCGUAAAGUCAUCGUGGAUACCAACCUAGACGAGCCUAGAGCUAUCGUCAUCUAUCCCAGAAAAGGCUACAUUUUCUGGACUGACUGGGGCACGUAUCCUAAGAUUGAGAGAGCUUACUUUGAUGGUACGAGCCGUCGGACACUAAUCAGUGAGGAUUUGAAAUGGCCCAACGGUUUAACCAUCGAUUACGAGACCAAACGACUCUACUGGGCCGAUGCUAACUUGGAUAAACUUGAGACAGCCGAUUUUAAUGGGAAAUAUCGCAGCAUCCUGACCAGAAACAUGUCGCAUCCGUACGGCGUGACGUUGUUCAACACCAGGCUGUACUGGACAGACUGGCACACGUCAUCUAUAGAGUCCGUCGACAAGACCAACGGACGAGACAAGCGAACGUUGCCGGGCAGUUUCCAAGGAAUGAAUAUCCAGAUGGUCUCCCCGCUCAGACAAACAGGAACUAACCCCUGUGCCAUUGCCAAUGGUGGCUGCACCCAUCUGUGUCUAGCUCGUCCCCAGGGCUAUGUCUGCGCUUGCCCUGAUGAGCAGUAUCGGGACCAUAGAGUCUGCUCGCUCAGACCAGGAGGACCAGACAGCCCCCCUCCUGUCACCAUCCGUGGUCCUAUCAUUCAGACCAACUCCCCCAACGAGCUACCACGAUCAACUCGCGGUACAACCAAACCACCACCAUUUAGAACAGAACAUCCCAACGUCAUUCCACCAGCACCAACCACAGAACAGGGCAACGUCAUACCAAGGGGAUGUUCUCCUGAAAAUGAGCAGCUGGGACUGUGCCAAGGAUCAACUUGGCAGCAAGGUAAAGAUGACAAACGUCAACUGGCGCCGGAGCCUGGAUCCUACGUCUUUGUCAUCGUUGGAAUUCUACUCCUGAUAUUCCUCAUUUUGCUUCUUGUUGUCUUCGUGGUGUGGAGGAGAUACCAGAAGAGGCGCGGUUGCCGUAGCGAUCCCAUCGUGACGUUCUCCAAUCCUCGUUUCAACCCCAUCACCAACGAGGUUACAAUUCUUCCUAAGAGGCAGCCCUGCUCUUGGAAUUACUACUCAGAACCGCGGAGUAAGAUCCCGCAAGCCAACCUCGUCGUCAAACUGAACAACGAAGAAGUGGCCAAGAUGUUACCGCCUCCACCAUCCAGUGAGCUGCCCCUCAAGAAAACAACGACAAGCUGAGUUUAGAGGCAAACAAACCAUUGAAUGUCCCCACUAGCUGCGAUGAUGUCCAGAAUGAGGAGUUUGACGACACUGCAGAGGCUUGUGGGUAUUCAUACCAGUCGACGACUCACAGUAACGGAACUCUUUGUUAGACCUCUAGCAAUUUUUUUUCACACAACCAUUGCCUACAAAAUGAGGUAAGGAGGUAUUUAUUUGAAACUUACAUGUAUACCUUUCUUGGUUUUUGUUGGCCAAUCUUGAUGUUUGAAAUCAUGGUGUCGUCACAAGUCGUCACAAUUCAACUAUAAUUCAUUCAUUAGCUAUUGAAGUGACAAGGCAUUGCUUUGUCAUUGAUCAUUCCUGAACUUGUGAUUGACUUGUGAUGACUUGCGAUGACUUGUGAUCACCUUGUGAUGACUUGUGAUCGAUUUGUGAUGACUUGUGAUUCGCUUGUGAUCAACUUAUGGUGACUUGUUAUUAACUUAAGUAAUGACUUGUGAUGACUUGUGAUCAGCUUGUGAUCAACUUCUGAUGACUUGUGAUUAACUUAAGUAAUGACUU